AUGGUCAACCAUUGGCAACAACAGUAUAAUAGGACUCACUCAUCCCAACAAGAAGCUAGUCUAGGAUCUCAAAAGGAUGUGAUUAUUUGUGAGAUAGGAUUUUUUAUAUAUAGCGAGAAAGAAGAAGCAGACUCGCCAUCAUAUUCUUCCUCAUUCACUGUAUAUCUCAACAAUGUUUCAGCUUCUCUCUCAUCCUUUCUGCUUUGCUCAUUCUUCUUCAUACAGCUUCACCAACGUGCGUAUGCCAUUGAAAAGUCGUACGUUGUUUACCUGGGAUCACAUUCUCAUGGCCCGAAACCUUCUUCUGCUGAUAUGGACUCUGCCACAAACUCUCAUCAUGAUUUGCUCGCUUCUGUUCUGCGAAGCCAUGAGAAGGCAAAAGAAGCCAUGUUUUACUCUUACAACAAACACAUCAAUGGCUUUGCUGCAUUACUUGAAGAUGAAGAAGCUGAAGAGCUCAAAAAAAAUCCAAAAGUGGUGUCGGUGUUCUUGAGCCAGUCACAUAAGCUGCACACAACCAGGUCAUGGGACUUUCUUGGACAAGAAAAAAAUGGAAGAGUUAGGUCAGACUCUGCUUGGGUGAAGGGAAAUUUUGGUGACAAUGUCAUCAUCGGCGCCAUUGAUACUGGAGUCUGGCCAGAAUCCAGAAGCUUCCGAGACAAUGGAUAUGGCCCCAUUCCAGAGAAAUGGCGUGGAGGAUCAAAAUGUGAGCUUUUCAGUUUGUCAGGCCCUUUGAAUCAAACUCUUUGCAACAGGAAGAUAGUGGGAGCAAGAACAUUCUUCAAAGGCUAUGAGACAAAACACGGAUCCCUUAGCCCAUCAACACAAAUCAGUGCCCGUGACACCGUAGGCCAUGGAACCCAUACUCUGUCAACAGCGGGCGGCAACUUCGUGAGAGAAGUGAGCGUUCUCCGAAACGGCAAUGGCACAGCUAAAGGCGGAUCUCCGAGAGCUCGUCUUGCAGUCUACAAAGUUUGCUGGGGUCGUGAUAAUUCUGAAGAGUGCACUGAUGAAGACUUGCUUCAGGCUUUUGAUCAUGCCAUUGAUGAUGGUGUCGAUGUGCUCUCUAUUUCCGUCGGCCGGAGUACCGUCCCAAAUGUUAAUGACAUGUUAACAAAUGGGAUCUCUAUUGGGUCCUUUCAUGCAAUUUCAAGAGGCAUAUUAGUGGUUGCCUCUGCUGGUAAUGACGGACCUGAACUUCAGACUGUGUCAAAUGUUGCACCAUGGAUCUUCACUAUUGCUUCUGGCUCCAUAGAUAGGGAAUUCAGUGAUAAUAUUACUCUCAGUAACGGCCAACGCAUGAAGGGAACCAGUCUUGCCACAAACUCGACAUCUCGACAGUUAAUUCCUGUAAUAAUUGCUGGUAAUGCUAGGCUUUCUAACGCGACAUUUGAUGAUGCUGAUCAUUGCAAGCCUGGAACACUUGAUCCGAACAAAGUAAGAGGCAGUAUAUUGGUAUGCCGAAGAGGAAGGAGCCUAAGGCCUGUAGACAAGGGACAAGAAGCAAAGCGUGCAGGUGCUUUGAAAAUGGUUUUGCAAAAUGAUAAGGAAUUGAAUACAGCUACAGCUGACGCGCAAGUUAUAGAUACUUCCAAUUUUCCAACAUAUCAUCAUCAAAGAAAGAACAAGAAUACAUCACAGCAGCAAAAAAAUCCUUUUGAUGUCAAGAACCUAACUGCAUUUUUGGAUAACGCAAAAACAUUUAUACCAAUAAAGCCAGCUCCAAAAGUUUCUGCAUUCUCAUCCAGGGGACCCAACUUGAUUCUUCCCUCAAUCCUCAAGCCUGACGUAACGGCACCAGGUCAGGAUAUAAUAGCUGCUUAUUCAUCUGCGGCAAGUCCCACCAACCUAGAUUCAGACGUAGGUCGCUUUGACUAUAACAUUCUAUCAGGAACUUCUAUGGCAUGUCCUCAUGUUGCCGGCAUUGCUGGUCUUCUCAAAACUCGUUAUCCUAAAUGGAGUCCAGCUGCUAUCAAAUCAGCAAUUAUGACCACUGCAACCACCCAGGAUAACACCAAUGGGCCAAUUCUAGAUGAAAAUGAUGAUGAAGUAGCAACACCAUAUCAUUAUGGUUCAGGGCACAUUAAACCUAACCUUGCAAUGGACCCUGGACUUGUUUAUGAUCUGACGGUUUCUGAUUACCUGAACUUGUUAUGUGCUUCUGCUUACGAGGAACGAAUGGUUGUAUCCAUUAAUUAUAACAGGCCAUACAGAUGUCCAAGGUCUUACAGACUAGAAGAUUUCAACUACCCUGCCAUCACUUUGCCUUUUCUAGGUGUGAAGCCUAUAAAUGCUACUCGUACUGUAACAAAUGUCGGGCCUCCAGGCACAUACACUGCAAAUGUCAAAGCCCCAACAGGAGUUAAGGUUGUUGUUCUUCCGAAAACUUUGAAGUUUCAGAGGACAAACCAAAAGAAGAGCUUUCAGGUGAUUUUGCAGGCAACAGGUUCAGCCAAAACUUCAGAGCCUUCAUUUGGGGAGUUGGCAUGGACAGAUGGCAAGCACAAGGUCAGAAGUCCUAUUGUAAUAUCGCAAUUUCAGAAAGUGACAAUGUAGAUUUCAAUGUUAUCAAUCCAGUGUGUUGUGUGUUUAUCAGAUAGUUCAAGACAGUGUUAGAGUAACUGUUUUCAGAUGUGUGGAUGUACUUAACUUUGUUAUAUUAAAAUAAAGUGAUGGUUCCCCCACAACAA